AAAAAAAAUCAUGACGAUAAUGACCAUCAUCAUGGAUUUUAUCAUUAAUAAUCUUCAUCAAAUCAUAUUAAUACCGAUAAUAUUUACAUUCUUUUCACCAUUAAUUUUUGUUUUUUUAUUUUAUCUAAUGUCAUUUAUACUUCAUUUAUAUAAAUUUUAUUAUCAAUUACCAAUUAUUGAUAAAUCAACGGGGAAAAAUUUAGAUUUUAAUGAACAUUGGAAAUAUUGGAAUCAACCUGUUCAAACAGUUGCUAAAUUACUAACAACAGUUGGUCGUUGGUGGCAUGGUUAUGAUAUAAUCAAUAUGAAUAAUAUUCCUGAUAAUGGACCGGCUAUUAUUGUUUUUUAUCAUUCAACAAUACCAAAUGAUUAUCAUUAUUUAUUAUGUCGUAUAUUUUUGGAUAAAAAAAGAAAAAUUUUUACAAUUACUGAUCGUUUAUUAUUUUAUAUACCUGGUUGGUCAUUAUUAUUAAAUGCUUUACAAUCAAUACCCGGCACUCGAAAAGAUUGUGUUCAAUUAUUAAAACAAAAUCGAUUAAUAGCCUUAUCACCCGGUGGUUUACGUGAAGCAAUGUUUGGUGAUAAUAAUUAUCAGCUAAUUUGGUCGGGUAGACAAGGUUUUGCCAGUGUUGCAAAAGAAGCAAACGUACCAAUAAUACCGGUAUUUACUAAAAAUUCACGUGAAGCAUUUCGUUGUUUACCAUUGUUUCAGGAAUUUUUUCGUAAAAUUUAUGAUCAAUAUAAAAUUCCAUUAUUUUUGCCAUAUGGUGGUUUACCGGUUAAAAUGACCACUAUAAUUGGUGAACCGAUUUAUUUUCCGCCGGAAAUGUCAGUCACCGAAAUUGCUGAAUUGACGGCCAAAAAAAUGAAAGAAUUAAUCGAACGACAUCAAACACGACCAGGUUCAAUGUGGAAAGCUUUACGACAACGUUUUUGUUAAAGAAAAUCAAAAAAAAACUAGGGGAGAAAUUUUCCGGAAUUAUUUUGCCACCAAAAACACAAUCAACAAUCAACAUUCAUCUCAACGACAUAAUUAAAUAGAAAAGGACGGAUGUGAAAUGAAAUCUAAAUUUAACACAAACACGCACACACACUGAGAUUUUUUCAUUCACUUUUGAAAAUGAUGAUAAAAUCAAAUUAAAAUAUGUGACACCGACACACAUAAACAGAAAGAUUUCCUUUCAAUAAAACAAAAACCUCUCUAAUCG